AUGGAAAACGAUAAUAUAAAAGGGAAAAAGGUUACAGGUGCCACUGAAAAAACUGCAUUUGUUGCUCCUUCCAAUCCCUCCUCGGCUGUCGCUCCUCCAUCACCAUCUUCUUCUUCUUCUUCUUUUUCUACAUUUUUAACCCCGUCUGCUUCCGGAAUCAAUGCUGUGCAAAUCAAUAAUGCCCGGGAAAUGUUUUUAAUGUCAACCCGGUCAAGAAACAAUCCUGCUGCCAUUAGAGGAUCAAAGACCAAGAUAAGUCUGUCCAGUCCAUCGGCAACAACGGCAACAUCAGAAAUCAAUGAAACUGUGUUCCAAACUAGUUUACCUUCAUCGAUGAUGACCACAUCGCCAUUCACCAAUCCCAACAUCAGUGUCCCUGCAAAAUCACAUGAGGGUGGAUGUAAGAACCCCCAGUGUACUUGUUGUGGAUCAGUGAUAAUUCCUUCCCCUGCUUCAUCGUUACCGGUCAAGGAUUCCCCCUCGAUCUCAAUAAACGAUUGGGAAAUUUUCACUACGAGAAAACCGAUUUUGAACGCCGAAGAAAUUGACCAUUACGAGGAGAAAUUGAACUUGCCAUUGCCAGAAAUGAUCUUUGGGAAAAAUGAAGUCAGAGUGAAAAAUACUAAACAUAAUUGGGAGAUUGUUUUCAAUUCCAUUGAUUCUCUUGAUACGGUAUUGAAAAUCGGUUGCGAUCCCAAUAAAUUAUUAAAAGUGGCACAUUCAAAGGAUUGGUUUAGUCAUAAACAGAAAAAGGCAUCUGGAGGAUCGUCUCCCUCAACAUCUUCAACAUCUUCGUCACUAGGCUCAACAUCAAACAAUAAUAACGCUAGCAUUCAGCUUUCUUCGGAUAUGUACGACACCGAAGUACCUACCGAUUCACUCAAUGAACAUGUCACCAAGAUGAUCAAGCCUUAUGAUUGGACAUACACCCCACACUAUAAAGGUACCCCUUCCCCAUCAAACUCCCAUAAAUUCACUAGAUCGCAAAACCAAAUCCCUAUCAAAAAACUCAAACGCCCCGACCCCAUUUUAUUCUUUGAUGACGUGGUGCUUUACGAAGAUGAAUUGGCAGAUAAUGGGAUUGCUGUGAUGCAAUGUAAAAUCAGAGUGAUGGAAAAAAGAUUGCUUUUGUUGUGUCGAUUCUUCUUGCGAAUUGACGACGUGAUUUUCAGAAUCAAAGAUGUACGACUAUUUGUUGAGUUCGAAGAGAACUUGGUGAUCCGUGAUAUCAAGGAGCAAGAAGAUACUUAUCGAAAUGUUUAUAACAAGGUGUUGAGAUUAGGUGGCGGAGGAGAUCCUAGAUUUUAUUUGAGAGAUAGCAAUUGGGUUAGCAAUCAUUUGACCACCGUGUAUCAUGAAGUUGAAGAGAUUAAAUUCUAG